UUCUAACAUCGCGAGAAUUGAGCUGCUGUAUAUAGUUCCAUGCGAGGAAUCUCACUCUUCGCACUCCGCAUCUCAAGCUGCUGCUGUAAGGAUCAAGGUAGAGUGAAACUGAAGAUGGCUGCAGGUAAAGCGCGCAUCGGGCAUCUGGCCCCUGACUUCAAGGCCACAGCAGUCAUGCCAGAUGGACAGUUUAAAGACCUCAGCAUUUCCAACUACAGAGGGAAGUAUGUGGUGUUCUUCUUCUACCCGCUGGACUUCACCUUUGUGUGCCCCACUGAGAUCAUCGCCUUCAGUGAUGCUGCCGAGGAGUUCAGGAAGAUCGGCUGCGAGGUCAUUGGUGCCUCUGUUGACUCCCACUUCUGCCAUCUUGCCUGGACCAACACACCUCGUAAGCAGGGCGGUCUGGGUCCAAUGAAGAUCCCUCUGGUAGCCGACACACUGCGUUCCAUCUCCACGGACUACGGGGUGCUGAAGGAGGACGAGGGCAUUGCCUACAGGGGCCUAUUCAUUAUUGACGCCAAGGGCCUCUUGAGGCAGAUCACCAUCAACGACCUUCCAGUGGGACGCUCCAUCGACGAGACCCUGCGUCUGGUGCAGGCCUUUCAGUUCACUGACAAACACGGAGAGGUCUGUCCCGCCGGCUGGAAACCAGGAAGUGACACCAUCAAGCCCGACAUCCAGAAGAGCAAAGACUUCUUCUCCAAGCAGCACUAAGACGAUGAGUGUCUGCAGCCUGUUGUAGGACAACUAGAAUUACAGUACAUUUCAAUAGAACAAUAGGCUACUGCGCUUCACUAUCUAUGUGCCUGGGAACUGUAGAACAAUGUCAUCAGCAUCCCAUUAUCUGUCAUGUGUUUAGAUAGAAAUUAUGACCAAAGAAUCUAGAUUAGAUUGUGUUGGAGAGGUUUUAGUGUCAUUAACCAGGUUCCAUCCAACCUUUUUUAUGCGAGUAAAGUACGUCGGUUGAAAAAUGUCACGACAGAUCUGAUGGAAACUGAAUUUGUCGGUAAACUUUCCAAAUGACGACAAAACAAUAUACGCUAGACAUGGUGGUAUCGUUUUUGUCUGUAAAAUGUAUUAUGAGAGAAAUGGCAGUGGAAAGGCUUUUAUGCGCGAAUUUCAAUAUAAUAUAUGUAUUUUAAUUAUUGUCACCAUCCUAUCAAAGUCAAUUUGGGAGUCAUGUGAUGACAUGUGUGGUCCUCCCACCACGACUCGGGGAAGCAUGCAGUUUAUUAGGCUACAGAUGAAAUAAGUUAUGAACUUCACAGGGUGGUGAAUAUGCCAGUUGGUGAGCUUGAUGCUCCUUUCCAAUACAUAUUGAGGGUCUUAUUCUGGUGACAUGUUGAUCGAUGUUUGGCUGCCGUUUGACAAAUUAAAAUAAUCUCGCUCUUUUGUCCAUACUAACCUCAUGUGUAGGCUAUACCAGCACUGUAUCUGCAAGCUGUUGGCUGUAGCGCACGUGCCAAUACCAGAGUGGGCACAUUCGCUACAUAAGGCAACAUUCUUUGUUACAAAACCGUCAGUAGAGUUGGAAACACAUUUAACUUGUAUAUUUUAUUUGGUACAUGGGAAUAGAAUUGCUAAAGUAAAUUUUAUGUGCACUACGUCAUCUUGCACAGAUUUUUAUCCGCGACAAGUCAAUGUGAUGGAAACACAUCUCUGGUAAGAAAAGGUGCAUAUUUUAUUCAUGCAGAUUUUAGAAUAUUCACAUGAAAAUCUGUCACCAGUUAGAUGGAAGCCUAGCUAAUGAUGUCACCCUAUUGUUUUCUGUUGUAUCAUUUUGGUAACAUAGUUUUUAUCUUUAGGCCACAGUCUGAAAUGAGGAAAAGCAGCUUUACUGGAAAAAAGUGAGGAGAAAACUUUUGUUUUUUUUACAGUGAAAAACAAACUACUCAAAUGUCCUUUCAUCUUCUAAAUAAAAACUUACAGAGCAAA